AUGGCUACUUUCUUUCAGAGUGUGACGCUGACCCAAAACACCCCUUCCCCCCCCCCGCCCCCCGGACCUAUUGCUAAUCCGCCCUUUAAUUAUUCAGUCGCCAAGGGUUUGGCAGGGGAGGAAAUAACAAGAACAACCCCCCCUAAAAGUCCUGCACAAGCACCUCAAGACCCUCGAUCCGGCACCAUGUCCAACUCGCCUUCGCUGUCGAACAGUUUGACCGUUGAUAACCUCGCCGGAAAUGACGCCGAUGCUCCCAAGUACUUCUUUCAGGAGAAGUAUGCCCCUUUGAAUGUGAGGGGUAACUUCUUGACCCUGUGUGCUUGUCCUAAGAAUGUGGAGCUGGGCGAAUGGCUAGCUCAUCAGAUUGUUGAGCAAUACCGUCUGCUUCAUGGUAUGCUCCAGGUGAUCCAGGAGGUCAACAGUGUGACUGGCGUGUCCAUUUGUAAUGAGAGCACAUGUCCGACUAUGUCUGCUGGACGACUGACCUACACUUGGCUCGUCGAUGGCCGCGCCGCCAAGAUCUCGGCUCCCAAGUUCAUCAACCGCGUCGAGAAGUGGAUUGUCAGCAAGAUCCAUGACCCAGUCAUGUUCCCUACCGAGAAAGUGAACGGUAUCCCCGAGACCUCCGCCUUGAAGGAUGCAGCUGCCGCCGCUGGAGCUCCCCCCUCAGAAGGCGCCGCGCCAGGCACCACUGGUAACGGCACCGAUGACUGGGUCGGCAAGUCAAGUGGUUUCCCUCAGACAUUCUACAAGGAUUGCCAGGGUAUCAUGAAGCAGAUGUUCCGCUGCUACGCGCAUCUGUACCAUGCUCACUGGUUGAACCCAUUCUGGCACAUCAACAAGCACGAUAUCUUGAACAUGUGCUUCGUUCACUUUGUCACAGUGGCCAAGUACUACCAGUUGGUCUCGGAUAAGGAGAUGGAGCCCAUGCAGCCUUUGAUUGAUCUGUUUAUUAAACAGCAGCGUGUACCUCCCGAGGCACUCAAUGGUGGACAUUGGGCACAAGCCUCGAUCUAA